AUGGGGAAUCAUGACAGGGUCCGCGAAAGGUCACCGCGCCGGGACUAUGGCUCUCACAACAGACGGAGCCACGAUCGCGACACUCAUAAAACCAGCACGCGCGCACGCUCAAGAUCACCGGCGCAUGAACGAUCAAAAUUGCCAUCAUCAUCUCGAAAUGAAGGUCGUUUAACUGAGCCAAGUCAUCGUCAUUCAUCAUCCAGACAUCACCAUCACCGCUCAUCUCAUAAACAUCGGGAUCAUGCAAAUCGCAAAACAGAAGCCGCAGUCAAACUUCCGUUUGAUGCCAGACCCCUGUCAAAAGCAGAUCUGAAUGCCUUUGAAUCGCUUCUUGGCGAAUAUCUCAGUGUCCAGAAGCAAAAGGACAUGAACGAAAUGGAUGAUCGUGAGGUCAAGGGGCGAUGGAAGAGUUUUGUUGGGAAAUGGAAUCGCAAUGAACUUGCAGAGGGAUGGUACGACCCUGAGACGUUUGCUCGGAUCACCGCGGAAAAUCCAGCUACAUCUCGACCAAGACGUGCUUCAGUGCACAAGGAAGAGGAAGAAAGAGAGGAGCCCGUCGAGGAUACAAGAAACCAAGGUAGCGAGGAUGACGACGAUGACUAUGGACCUACCCUCCCAGGAUCAGAUCGCGCACGGCGCUCCGGCCCAGGCAUCCCCACGAUCCAAGAUUUAUCUUUACGUGCUGAGCUUGCCGAGGAAGACAAACAAGCAUCCAUCGAAGACAUUCGCAACGCACGCAAAGCCGACAGGACUUUACAGAAAGAACGCCUCGACGAUCUGGUUCCGCGUGCUGAAGCUGGGACCCGCGAGCGCAUGCUCGAAAAGAAAGCAGCCGUUGCAGACAAGAUGCGCUCGUUCCGCGACAAGAGCCCAGGCGCCAUGGAGGUUACCGACGAGAAGGAGCUCAUGGGCGGCGGAGAUUCAUUAGACGAGUACAAAAAGGCCAAAGAGAGGGAGCAGCGACGCAAGACGGAAAGGGAGAUUCGCAGAGAAGAGAUCGACAGGGCCAAGAGGGAGGAGAUGGAGGAGAGGAAGAGGGCCUACAUGGAGAGAGAGGAGGGCACUGUGAGUAUGCUGAGGGAGUUGGCACGACAGCGAUUCGGGUAG